UCACUACUGAGUAAUCCUGAUGGCCUGACCUUUCAGGUGUCAGCUCCACCCCCUCAAAGCUUCCCCCGCGACACAAACAAAGCGGCUAUUGAUUGCCUCAUCUCCCCCUCCACUAACUUACGCAGCGCCCCUCGCGUCGUGCCAUGUCGACACGACGAUGAGCUUCUUUUCGUUCGGCGAUAUUCCCGCCAUUCAGACCCGCAAGGCUCUGUUACUCUUGGACUUUCAAAACGACUUUGUCCGCCCGUCUGGAGCCCUCCAUGUUCCCAAUACCGCAGAUAUCCUGGAAAUCCUGCCCCCAUUGGCAGCAGCUUUCCGUCGCUCGGGCGAUGUGAUUUGGGUACGAUCGCAGUAUGAAUCUCCACAGCCCAUCGAAGAUUGGAAUUUUGGAGAUCGUGUUGUCUUGGAGAAAGGGCCACCGAAGCCAGCGCCGAGACCCACAUCCGAUGUGAUCGAAGCCUCGUCCGACCGUGACUCUCCAGAGCCUGUAGACACCGAGGCCUUUCUCUCUGGUCGGUCUGCCAAGUGCUGCGCCGCGCAAUCGCCCGGGUAUCAAUUUCCCGCACCCAUCCUCGCUGCUAUUGACCCCGAUCGCGAUACGUUGCUUGACAAGACGGGCUAUUCUGUUCUAGAGUCUGAAGGUCUGGUUCUAUCAUUUCGCACACGAUUUAUAACCGAGCUGUAUAUAUGCGGCUCAUUGUCGAACGUCUCCGUCUAUGCAACGGCUCUCGAUGCCGUCCGGAACGGCUUCUCGGUGACGCUGGUCGAGGAUUGUCUGGGAUAUCGGGACUUUCAGCGUCACCAAGAAGCCAUGCGUCGGAUGGCAGAUAUCCUGGGCGCAGCCGGAAUCACGGCACAGGAGCUGAAUCAAGAGUUGGAGUGGCAGGAAACGGACGAGAUUUCUCGUCAGAACAAAAUUCAGCCGCCCAAACGAUCAACGGGUGCGGGUGCUCCUGCUGAGGAGCAGGAAAGCUGCACUUUGGCGCAGCUUGCCUCCCAGGCGCGAGCACAGAGGAUCGCAGCCGCCGGCGCUCGUGUGCCAGUUGAUGCAAAGAAGCAAGUGCGCGCACGAGUGCGUCGCCCAAAGCGUCGCGAGCCUACACCCGAUGCAGACGCUGGAGAUCGACCGACGAGAGAGAAAUCGGGCAACAGUCUGGGAGAGGGCGAUUCCCUCAUCGUCCCAGAAAUUGAUUUGCCUGCUGACGCCUUUGAGCGUAUCCGCGCGGAGGUGUCCUGGCAGAAGAUGUACCAUCUGUCCGGCCAAGUUCCUCGACUUGUGGCUGUGCAGGGUCAUAUCCAGCCCGAUGGCUCCAUUCCUAUCUACCGACACCCCGCCGAUGAAUCUCCAUCAUUGAAAGCAUUCACGCCGGCCGUGGAUGAAGCGCGCGUCCUGGUUGAGCGAAUCCUCGGCCACCCCCUCAAUCAUGUACUUAUUCAACUCUAUCGUGAUGGGCAAGAUUCGAUUUCCGAGCAUUCCGACAAGACUCUCGACAUCGUCCGAGGAUCCUUCAUCUGUAACGUCAGCUUGGGCGCGCAGCGCGUCAUGACUCUUCGUACCAAAACCUCAGCCUCCGAGCCUCAUGAAGGAGCCGAAUCAAGUCGUCUCAAACAGCAAGUCCCACUGCCCCAUCGCUCUCUCUUCAUUCUUGGAGAAAAGACCAAUAUGCGCUGGCUUCACGGUAUCCGACCAGACAAACGAGCCGCGUCCAUCAAAGCUCCCGCGGAGAAUGCUUAUGGUGGCGAGCGCAUCUCCCUCACUUUCCGACACGUUGGCACCUAUCUCAACCCGAACACAAAUACUAUCUGGGGCCAAGGGGCCGUCAGCAAAUACCCAGAUACUGCCCGUCCUGUCAUCCACGGUGAACCUGCAGAAACUGAACGAUUGAUCCGCGCAUUCGGUCAGGAGAAUCGGGCCACCGAUUUUGACUGGGAUGCAUUUUAUGGCGCUGGUUUUGACGUAGUGAAUUUUGUCACUACAUCCCCUGCACUGCUAAAACUUAGUGGAGACAUGGUUGCGGAUCUGCGAGUGGAACUAGGCUUGGGCGAGAAUGGCCUUCGAUAUGAGAUUGUCGACAGCUCUGAACCUCAUGUUCAAGAUGGUAAUCCAGACCCACGACCGUUGUAUACAGACUCGGAUGGGAGGUCCAUUGCAGGGGACGUGGCCAUCCUAACGCACUUGGCUGAACGCCCCGCGGACUCAAUACGGCCUGGCGUGGAGGCUUUGCGAGGUGGCAAUGAACUUCGGUGGAUUGAAGGGUUCCUUGCACGGUGGCGUGAGCAUCGUGCCAUUAAUCCCAAUUGCCGAUUCGAAACCUACCUGGAGGAUUGCGAGCGUGCCCUGGAAGGCAGACAUUACCUUGGAGGCUCGGCAUUGAGCAUCGAUGAUUGCUCCUUUUGGCCAGUAUUGCGCGAGAUUGUACUGUGUCAAGGUCCAUUUGAUGCUCGGUUGGUGAACCUCAACCAAUAUUACACACGCGUGGAGAAACGGGGCACUGUUACUUUGUCCCUAGUGCGCACACUUUGACCUUUUGUUCUACAACCAUGGACAUAUCACGUUAUACGAAUGAAAUGGAUGGCCAAACGACAGCUAUUCAAGAUACACACACAUACACACACACACAUACAGAGUGUGAGAGAGUGUGUGAGAGCGCGAGAGACAAAUUCGGCUACUGCUUGAUAUUUGCUAUUUACAUCCCACUUUGAAUCAUCUCCAAAAAAUUUCAUCUUCAGCCCGAGCUUCAGAGGCACUCGCCCUCAAAGCUUUGAGUGUUCAGGAGACUCUCCAGCCCAACUCCUGCACAGACCACGGCCUUGAAGAAUGCCUGAGCCACGACCGAGGCACCAUCCGCGCUCGUGUGGGUAUGAUCAAGCGGGAAGUAUGCAUCGACCACAUCUGCGCCCAAAGUCUCAAAGAUAUCCGCCACAUAAGCUCCAUGGUCGACAUACGAUACACCAGCAGUCUGGGCUGCCAACUCGGCAUAUGCCACAAACCGCGAUGGCGAGUACGUGAAUGUACCGGUCUCCCAGGGGUUGUUGGGUGUCUGGCUGGAGAUGAGCACGUUGGCCCCCUUGGCCACGAACGUGCUGGCUGCGUUCUCCAGGUACUUGGGGAAGGUCAAGACAGUCUCCGUCACGCCGUUAUAGGUCGUGGUGCAUGUCUCAUCCCCCGUACCGGAGCAGUCGGUGCGGCCAUUGUCCGUUGGCGUGAGCGAACCUCCGUCGUUAUGUCCGAAUUCGAUGAUUACCCAGUCUCCAGAUUGGACUUCGCUAGCGAUCGUAUCGAAGCGACCUUCGCGGGUAUAGGAUCGUGCACUGCGGCCGGCGACGGCUUGGUUGGAGACCGUGGCUGAUGUGUAUGGGGAGACGUACUCGCCCCAUCCUGGAUAGUGUUAGAGUCACAGUUCUGCCGAGGUAGCGGGAUGUCUUGAUCUGUCCUUGAAGAACGUACCUGCAGUACCAGACCCAGUGCCUCCCUUGGCCAUGGUUGAGUCACCAGCCAAAUAGAUAGUUGUGCCCAGCACACUGGGGACCAUAGAGAGCAAUACAGCAGACUUCAUGAUGGGCGAUGGUUAGAGUUCGGCAAGACUAGGCAAAGUGAAUAAAUCAACUGGGAGUAUCUUUGAGAUUACCGAUUGAGAAAAGGGUAGAGACCGUUCCGACGGCUUCUUCUUAAAACAACCACAUCCCCGUCACCACCGGCCGUCACCACCGGCCGUCACCACCGGGACUAUCUACACCGAGCAACGGAGUACAUCAGUCCAAAACUAUCCCUGUCAGAACCAGUCUAUACGUGGAAAAAGGGCCACCCCACUCUUCUGCUGUAUAUGACGGGCGAAGUCCGACGCGAGAGACAUGGUGUUCGGAUCAACGGAGCUCCAUUGCCCCCCAGCUGACGGCGGAACUUGGAACUAAAGCGCCAUCGUAUUUGCGGGGAAGACGAUGAUCGUCGGCGGUCUUUGAUUCAUGGAACCUGCAUUUCUGCGUUGUACCUUCGGUUUUCUGCCUAUUGUGACCCGGAACUUCUUCCAGAUCAUCAUCAUUGUCCGUUGUGGUUGGUGUGGAGUGUCUGCUGUUUUCUGCUCCCAAGACCAAAGGCUUGGCUGUGGGUGUAUGGUGAAACCGCCGAAACCUGUACGUGUUUCGGGCUGUUCUUUUUUUGCUUGUCCUUAUUAUCUACUUAUUCUCUACGAUCUAGACCGGGUACUCUACAUGACGGGCAAAUGUUGUUUCGGUGUAUAUUCGGAAGAUGAUAACUGUGAACAAACAUUAUCAAGGUGACGGACGCAGUUUUUGAAAAAAAAGUUCAUUUAUGUACAACGCCUCCAUCAGUCUCGACCAUCGCGUCAAGUGGAGACAAGUCAGUGUAAUCUUAAUAACACACAUAAGUUGUCAGUAAAUAUUUACUUAUAGUUUCUCGAAAGUAGGGGUACGUUUCUGUAGCCCCGAGAGCAGAGCAGUAGAGACAUCGCCCGUCUGCAGCGCCGCGCUGUUCCACACACCAGUAUACCGCAGACCAUCCUGCACGGAGUGAUCGCGCGACCAGUUCAGAAUCUCCUUGGUACCCUGAACGGCCACGGGACUCUUCGAUGCAAUCAGCGUAGCCAGCUUGAGAGCGGCCGCGAUCGUCGCCGCGCGAUUCUCAUGAACGGAGUUCACGAAACCGACGCGAAGAGCUUCCUCGGCCCCGAAAAUGCGCGCGCUCAAGGCUACCUCCUUCACCCAGCCGAAAUUGCCAACUACCUUGGGCAGUCGGCUGAGGGUACCGAUAUCCGCUGCCAAGCCGAUAUCGACCUCUUUGACGGCGAAUCGCACAUCCUUGGAGCAGAGGCGAAUAUCGGCGGCGGUGGACAGGUCGAUGGCCAGACCGAGUGAGAACCCGUGCAUGGCGACGAUGACGGGCUUCUCGCAGCGCUCGACGGCGCUGAUGCAGUCCUGGAACUCGAGGACAUGGCGGCGCAGGUGGACCGCCUUGCGGGCGGGGUCGAGAUUCGAGUCGCUGGAGAGGAUGCCACCCUGCGAGGCGGCCUUGACGUCUAACCCGGCGGUGAAUGCCUUUUCGCCAGCUCCACUGAGGACGAUAGCCCGGACAGAUGGGUCUUCCGAAAGUUGGGUGAAGACUUG